AUGCUUGACGUCGUGUCCCAACAACACCGACUCUUUCACGAUCUGUGCCGGGAACACGCAAUAGACACAGCGACGCUCGAAGCACACUCCACAACAACAGUAAAGGUCGAGCCCCACAGCUCAGCCUCAGACGACGUUUCCGCAACAGUUGUCAUCAAGGCCGAGCCUUUGCAUGACGCAGCAGGUCUGUCGCACCAGCAUUCCGCACCCAACCACGACGACGAUACCGACGACUUUGACUUUAACAGCUUCCACGAUCUUAUGGAUGCAGAGCUUAUGUCGGUCAAUGAGCUCGACAAGCUCUGGACAAACUCUAACCCCACACAAUCAGACAGCAGCAGCAAAAUCGACAGCGCCAGCCGUGCCCUCUCUGUGGCCGGUGGUUUUGACGCAGAUGCCUCUGGCACACACACCGGGGGCCAGCAAUGGCGUGGAGCAGAUUCUGCCGACGGCACCAAUGGCACACUCGACGAUGAGCUGUCCUCAAAGCUGACACAGAAGCUGCUGGCACUGUCUACGGGCUCCGUGGCCAAUGGAGGGCCAGCCGCUGGGGAGGUGAGGGAGCAGGAUUCGCGGGCAGUCACAGCAGAUGGCGAAAAAUGCAGCGACAGCCAGCAGGCCGUCCCGGCUGCGGCUGCGGCUGUGGCAGCAGCAGCCCCCGAGCUUCCCACUGAUAUUAAAAAGGACAACAAUAGCGUGCAGCAACAACCAGCUGCUGCUACUGCAACCACGGUUGAUUUCCAGCCAGACGACGCGGAGCUGCUUUCGGUAAGCAAAUCGAUGAUUGAUACCGAGGCGGCACUGAGCCUGGAUGCUGCCGAGGGCGGCAAGGGCAACGGGGACGAUUCGGCGUCUGGAACCGGGUCGUCGAGCAAGGUCAUCUUGCCCGACCCGUUUGCCGAUAUCUCGCCCACAGCCAUGGUCGCAACCAAGGUUCCUGUGUCGCCGCGUAUAGUGCUGACGAUUGUCGAGACAGUGCCUGUAUAUAUGACCGUGCUUACCACAACGGAGCCAGCCGCCGACUGCCAGGGCAAAUGGAUUGUGCGGCGACACCGGCUACUGCGGCUGGUAGAGAACGGCUAUGUGAAUGCAUCGUCGCUGCUGCUGGCCGGCGGAGUGGCAUCUGAACAAGAGCGCAGUAUUGUGCUCAGCCUUGAAGUCGGGCGGUUCAAGUGGCGGCGACCGCAGAGCAAGUUGUAUGGAACGUGGAUUCCACUGCCCCGGGCGCGCGCACUGGCUGCCACAUGCUCGCUGAACCACAGGCUCGGGCCGUUCCUGAACGACAACCUUGAAGCCUACUUCCCAGCACCCCUGCCAACGUCGUUCAUCCGCCAUCUGAUCAUGCCCUUCUUCAACGACCCUGCCAGCGUGCUGCUGGCAUCGCAGCAGCCCGGCGGUGCCCAGUCUGGCUCAGGGUCGGCGGCAACGCCGUCAAUACGCGCGCCCACCAGCGCCGAGAUCGCCGAGAGCGGGCUUGGCAUUGAGUUCCAGACCAUGGUUAAUUCGGCGAUUGCAGGCAACUCGGCGUCACAACAGAGCAUUUCGCGCACCAGCACCUUUGGAGCCACCGCGCGAGGCACGCCAUCCCCGUCAAUCAUUCAGUCGUUGGCCACGCGGCCGGGCGCUUUCAGUUUUGCUGGCGCUGCCAAGGCGAUUUUUGGCUCGGACGACCGACACCUGCAGUCGUUCUUGCAGCUGCUCAGUGCAGAAAGCCCUAUGCUUGGCACAUCACUGGUGGCUGAGCAGCAGAACCGGCUCCAACAGCAGCUCUUGCAUCAACAGCAGCAGCAGCAGCAGCAGCAGCAACAGCAGCAACAGCAGAAGCAGUCGGCCAAAUCGGGCUCACAAUCUCCAGACGAGCACGCAGCCAUGGCCGUUGAUGAUGACGACGACAAUGAAGGUGAUGGUGACGGCAAUGGUGAUGACGAGACAACCACGGGCACAGGGUCGGUUUUGAUGACAAAGGUGGGCAACACCCCCGAAAAAUCGCCGCAGUCUGCCACCAAGACCACUGCUGCAAGCAGUGCUACUGUGUCCUCUGUAGUGGACCAGGGCAAGUCCUCGGCUGCCCCAGCGACCACUGGUCAGGGUAUAGCAGCCGUACGUGUCACCCGCUCGACCAGCGCGGUGGUUGCAGCAGCUGCUGCAGCACUGGCCGCGUCUGUGGAGCAGUCGGCAGACUCUAAGGAGUCGUCGCCCGCCCUGAUUAGCAGCGUCAGCAGCACUACUAGCGCGGUAGACUCGACAGCAACGCCGCUGACCAGCAAACCACUGUCGCCGUCGAUGGACGCUCAUUUCCCGGAUGACCUAGAUCUGGAUAUAAGCAUGGUGAUUCCUGGAGAGGACAGCGACGUCGACAUGAUUUGCUGCUCGACACCGCCUUCGCCACCGCCGCCGCCCAGCUCGCCGCCAGCGCUUCGUAAAUUGUCGACCACGCCGCUCAAGCUCUCUAGCAACGAGAUCGAGUCUGACGGAGCCACUAGCAGCGGCUCGCGCGCUCAGACUAUGGAGGCAUUUGGCUUCACGGGAACAGCCAAGGCCAAUCUGCUGUUGCGUCUGCGUGCGGCGGCAGCAGCAAAGAGCACUGGUAAACAGCAAGCUGUGGCACCGUAUCUGCUGUACCGAAACAACUCGAAGCGUGCCAAGGCCGAUAACGACGACGACUCUGCUAACGCUGGCGUCCGCAAGCGCGCGCGUGUUAUCCGCAUCCCCCGCGGCAAGCCCACACCCAAGAAGCAGCAGGCGGCGGUUGCCAAGACCAAAAACCCUCGGUCGUCGGUCCCUGAUGCCGCGGUGGUAUUGAGGCUUGCUAGUGCCAUCUAUAACCACACGCUGAACAUGGCAGCGAUGGCACAGAACCAGCAGCAGCAGAAGCAGCAGCAGCAGCAGCAGCAACAGCAGGCUAGCCAUACGAAGGCCAGCAAUGUUGCAAGCUCGCCUAGAACAGCAGGCAGCGGUAGAAACUCACCUACGGGUGUUUCACAGAGACAACCGCAGCACCCGCAGCAAAAUCGUCCGCCUCCACGCCCUGUGCAGACCCAGCAGCGGCCUUCUAUACAGCAGCAGCCACAGCACCAGCACCAGCAGCAUGCUUCACGGCCUACAUCGAACGGUGCUCACCGCCCACCACCCAUGCAGCAGCGGUCCAUGGCACCUGGCCAACAGCAACAGCAGCAGCAAUACCGGCCAGGCAUGGUUCAUCAGCCUAGACCUAUGUCCCCUGGUUCAGCCAGCCAGCGCCCGCUGUCCAAUGCACGGCCCCCGAUGCCCGCUCCUCGUCCCCAGCACCAGAUGGCAGGUACACCUGUCAGACGCCCGAUCAUGCGACCGGUUGCCAACGGAUCGCCGCCGAUUCAAGGCCAGCGCCCAAUGCAGCGGCCCAUGCCUACUGGAGCCAAUAAUGGCACGCGGCCCACAGCCCGUGUGCCCAUGCCACAGCGCCCGGGGAAUGGCUACCCGCAGCAACAGCAGCAGCGACCGCAGGUUAUCCGCCGGCCUCCUGGUCAGCAACCGCAGCAGCAGACCGGCAACGUCCACUAUCGCCCCCCGAUGCCCAGUGGUGCGCCGGCAAAUCGUCCACAGCACCGACCUAUGGCGUCUGCGGUGAACGGCCAUUACCCUUCUCAGCAGCAUCAGCAGGUGCGCCGACCAGCUCCUGCUAGUAGCCCCCAGCAGUACAGUCGUUCAACAGUGGCAGCCACUAAUGGGCCAUCGCCACCACCAUCACGAGCCAGCCAUGGCCCAACCACCGCCCCCAGUGCACGGCCACACAUGCCGCCACGUGUCGCAUCGCCUGCUCAGCAACACUCGCAGCAGACACCGCAACGCACAGCAUGUGUGACCCCCAGACCACAUUACCCGCAGCAGAGCCGAGCACCCGUGCAGAUUCCACUGCCUCGGGGCCUCAACCAGCAGCAGCAGCAGCAGCAGCAGCAGCACCCUGCCAGCACAGGCGAGUCGUUGCCCCAGAGGCUACCGGCGGCUGUCAAUGGUGGCGGUGCUGGUGUAUCGCGGGCACAGCCGAUGCCCACGACACCUUCUGCUGCGCAUAUUGUGCGCCCGCAUGUAAAGGCGCCUGUGGCUCCCGUCCACAACCCUCCCUCUACCGCCAAUGUACUACCACUCACUUCUCAUCAUCCCCAUCAUACGCAUAAGCCACAGAUGCCGCCGCCCAAGGCGUGAGCUACUCGCUCCUGAUAUCUGUGGAACCUGCGCCGCUUUGCCUGGCCCGUGGCUCCUCUCUGGGCCAGCAUGGCUCUUUGCGUUGAAUUCGAAAUAUUCUAGCGACACCUUUCUCGCCAUAUCAUUUGUCUUUCUUGUGGAUAAUAUUUUAGUAAAUUUAUACAUUUUUCGCUUGUCAAUUUCUAUCCUAGCGCAGUUCAACAUGCGUGCAAAUAUACGAGAUGAAUGUUGGGUUGCCAUUAUCGUCUGCAUCAAAAGGGCAAUGCGCCAGAGCUGAAGUUCAUAGCUCAUGUAGCUUGUGGCAGGAAAUCACUAUGAUAGUCGUCCUGUCCAGCAGGG